AUGACAUCGCUCAGACAUGGCGGGAAGGUCGGCGAGUAUGUCUCGUCGGAACCGAUCGCUCGCACCGACAGCCGCGAAGAAGGCGAGGUCCUCGAGAACACUGAUCACCUUCACCGCCGUCUUGGAAACCGACAAAUCCAGCUCAUGGCCAUUGGCGGCACCAUUGGCACUGCCCUCUUCGUCAGCAUCGGCGGCGGCCUCUACAAAGGUGGACCAGGCAGCCUGUUCCUCGCCUAUACCAUCUACGCUUGCGCAUUGGGUCUCGUAAACAACAGCAUAGCAGAGCUUACGACGGCAUAUCCUGUCUCUGGUGGCUUCAUUCGUCUCGCCGGCCACUUUGUUGACGAUGCCUUUGGCGUCAUUCUCCUCAAUGUUCUGGCCAUCAGGGUCUUCGGAGAAGCCGAGUUCUGGCUGUCCGGCGGCAAAGUCCUCUUGAUCUUCAUUCACGACGCAUAUGGGUUCCGCAACUUCAAGCACAACGCCUUCAAAGAGUACAGAAGCACCGGAAGCCUCGGCCAGUUUGAAGGCUUCUGCGCUGCUCUAUGGUCGGCCUCGUUCUGUGUGACUGGCCCCGAGUACCUCUCCAUGGUGGCUGGUGAAGCUAGACGUCCUCGCAUCUACAUUAAGAACGCCUUCAAGACUGUCUACUGGAGAUUUGCCCUCUUCUUCAUGGGUGGCGCAUUGGCUGUCGGCAUCGUCCUCAGCUCUACCGACCCUACCUUGACCGCCAUCAUUUCCGGCGAGAAAAGUGGUUCUGGCACUGCUGCCGCUUCUCCUUACGUCAUCGCCAUGGCAAACAUGGGCAUUACUGGUCUGCCUCAUCUGGUCAGCGCUCUCUUGGUCACAUCGAUCUUCAGUGCCGGCAACACCUAUACUUUCUGCGCCACUCGUAGUUUGUACGGUCUUGCUAUUGAAGGCAGAGCACCAAAAGCUCUUCGUUACUGCACCAAGAGUGGUGUUCCUCUUGUCUGCUUCGGUAUAGUCAUGGUGUUCCCUUGCCUCGCUUUCUUGCAGGUCAGCAACGGAUCGAACGUCGUCCUAGGCUGGCUCAUCAACCUGGUCACGGCCGGAGGCGUCAUCAACUACUGGGUCAUGUGCAUCACCUACAUCUUCUUCUACCGUGCCUGCAAAGCACAGGGCUUGGACAGGAACACUUUGCCAUACAAGGGCUGGUUCCAACCGUACUCUGCAUAUCUCGGUGCAGCCUGGAUGACCAUGAUUGUCUUCUGCUACGGUUACACAAGUUUUGCGCCAUGGUCCGUCAGCAACUUCUUCAUCUACUACACCCUCUUGCUCGUUGCACCCGUGACCUACUUCGGCUGGAAGUUGAUCAAGCGCACGCGCCUUCUCAGCCCUCUUGAAGUUGAUCUCGUUUGGGAACGUCCUGUCAUCGACAACUAUGAGAUGACCUUCAUCGACCCUCCACAAAGCUUCUGGUCAGAAAUGCUUGGACCAUUGAUGUUCUGGAGGCAUUCGAAGGGCAGUGACAGGCAGAUGAGUGUCUCCGCUUAG